AUUUACAAUAAAAAAAAUGUCAGAAGAGAAUCCCGAAACAGAUGAAGAAGAGGAGGAAGAGGUGCAGGCUUAUGUAGAUGUUUUGCAGGAGUUUCUUGCGCAUGGUGAAGUGCAAGAUAUUGAUGAAGAGGAAGAUGAGGAGGGUGUACAGAUUAUGGAUGACACAGAUAAUGAAGAGAUGCAAGAAGAAGAAGGAACAAAUUUUGAUCCAUCUCUGCCAACGUCCCAUUCGUAUAUGGGUGCGGACAUGGAGGAGUUACAUGGGCGCACUGUGCAUGCUGAUGGUGAAAUAGUGUUGCUACCAUUGUUUUUUCUACCAGGUGUUGUUCUUGUACCUGGUCAAACUCUCCCUCUCAACCUCUUUCACCCACAGCCCAUAUCAAUGAUGAAAAGAGUGAUAGCAGCUGAUAAAACAUUUGGGUUGAUGAUAGCUAGGUCUCAGUCGUUCAGUAGGAAUGACGAUGAGAGAACAUCAUUUGCUUCUGUGGGCGUGACUUGUGAAAUAUACUCUGUGAAGGAGAGUGAAGAGUACGGUGUUGGCCAGCUUAGUAUCAAAGCUGAAGGACGACAAAGAUUCAAAAUACUUAGCAAAGAAAUGCAAAUGGAUGGAGUAAUAAUGGGUAAAAUUCAAAUUCUACCUGACGCAUACAUAUCUCCAUAUCCCCCAUCCGCGCAAAUAUUUUCUCAGCUUCAUCAACCAAAUGCCAUCAGAAGUCAAGUUGUAGCAAACAAGUUCUACGUGCAUACACAUCCCUGGAUAUUUGGCGAAUCUCGUUACCUUGCUGGAUUUAACAGGAGAACAGCUAAGACUUUGUGUACAAGCUUGACAUCCAUCCAAGGUUGGGUGUAUCGUUUAUACGACCCAUAUUUCUUGAUGGAUUGUUUGAUAAAUGAAAUCCACAGUUGGAACCAAAACUUAAAAUUUGAAUCAUUGCCUAAAACUCCAAUUGAGUUUUCUCAUUGGAUAACUGCAAAUUUACCUCUGACCAAUGAGAUGAAGAUCGAAUUGCUUGAAAUUGACUCUGCUUCUUUGAGACUGCGUCGACAGAUCGAAAUUAUGAACAAGUGUGCGACAACACUAGCUUGUGAUGAAUGUGGAAGUAUCAUUGCUGAUAAAAACGAUUUAUUCAGUUUAUCAAGAAAGGGACCGAUGGCAGCGUAUGUCAAUCCCGGUGGACAUGUUCAUGAAACUGUCACAUUUUACAAAGCGAGAAACCUUUCACUAAGUGGUAGAUCAUCCACAGAAUAUAGCUGGUUUCCAGGUUAUGCUUGGACCAUCGCCUCAUGUAGAAAUUGUCAUAGUCAUAUGGGGUGGAAAUUUACUGCUGCGAAAAAAGGACUUAGUCCAACAAAGUUUUGGGGUUUAACACGAGCUUCUUUGACUCCAGUUUACAAGGAAGUAAAAGUCAGUGGGGAAGAUGAGAUCAUUCAUGUGAAUGAGGAAGCUACUAGUCUAGAAGAAUCCACUAGUCGAGAAGAAUCCACUGUCAACCCUGUGCAGUAUGAAUCAUCAAUCUGAGUGUGUUAUCUCGACAAUGUAAUGGAAGUAUAAGCGUGAAGAACAGUGACACUUUAUCUUGAUGAGGUCACGCGUUCGUAAUUUGAUAAAAUGAUAAAACUUCUGGUCAAAUGAGAAGGUUUGACUCACAAAGAAAGUAUUGAUUAAAAAAAACUUCGUUAAAGGUAGUUUCCACUGCUAUUAAGGAAUUAAGUUUGUUAACAAUAGCCCUAACCCAACCUUUGUACACAAUGCACGUACUUCUCGUAACACACAUAUGUACAAUAUAUUGUACAAAUGUAACCACGACGUACAAUGUAAUGUGACUUUGAACCUAGUAAUUUUUAUUAAUUAAAUCGGUUUAAUUUGAUGAAACUAGUAACAACAGAUCCCUUCAAAUCAAUUUCAAAAAAAUUUAAUACCACUUUAACCGCAUUAAAGCAUAUAAAACGUGUUUAUAUCUUUUUGUGUAUGUUUCAAUUUUUUGAGUACUGCAUACCAGUCCCUACAAUUAAUUACGAAGUGCGAUAUAUACAGGACGGGCGAUCACGUGGAUUUUUCACGGGUUGACUAGUUCCAUAUAUUUUGCAGUGAAAACUUUUUCCAGUUAUACUUUCCUCAAGUAACUUAAUUUCGGCGGAAAAUUUUUAAAGCCCGCUUCGGUAAUUCUUUCUCCUCCAUAUUGUAAUAGUUUUUUGUUUAAACAUAUUUCGGAUUUAAUCCCA